UCGUCACUCACCAUCGUCAUUGCGAGCCGAUCAAAGAAAAAGAUGGCUUCGCAACCAAUUUACAGCUCAACCUCAGCAGCAGGUGUAGGGUCUGCGUCACAUUCACCUCUGGUUGAAUCAUUGAACGGAGCAUUAUCGGCUGUACAAGAUGGAUUUAUGCGUUUACCUGGUUCAGCGAUCCUUUUGCGUUAUGUUCGUUCAAGUUACCAGAAUGAUCCAAUCAGAAGUUUAUUGGAAUUAAUCUUGGUAAUCUUUGCUUUACGAACGAUUUUGCAAAGUAGAACACGCGGAAAUAGCAGUAGCAGUAACUUUGUCAAAUUAACCGAAAAGGAGAUCGAUGAUUUGGUAGACGAUUUUAAUCCGGAUCCUUUGUGUGCUCCUCUGUCUCCAGCAGAUCAACUAGAAUUGGCUUCCGUUCCUACUAUCAUUGGUGCAGUCUCAUCAAGACCAAAGAUCUCUCUGCCCUCCCAUCAUGCAGGUAAGGCAAAAGAGGUGAUGAAUUUGGCAAGUUACAAUUUUAUCGAUUUGGCUGGAAAUGAAAAGGUAAAAGAGAGAGCCAUUCAAACGCUACGUAAAUACGGUGUAGGAAGUUGUAGUCCUCCUGGUUUCUAUGGUACGAUUGAUGUACAUAUGGCAUUGGAAGAGGAUAUUGCACGCUUUAUUGGGGUGGAUAAAUGCAUCAUCUAUUCCCAAGGUUUCAGUACGAUCUCUUCCGUCAUUCCUGCAUUCAGCAAACGUGGUGAUAUCAUCGUUGCCGAUCGAGGUGUCAACUUUGCCAUUCAAAAAGGUCUACAAGUCUCACGUUCAACGAUCAAAUGGUACGAUCAUAAUUCAAUGAGCUCUUUGGAGAGCGUUUUGCAAUCUGUCAUUCGUGAGGACAAAAGGAGAAGAGGACCUCUAACACGUCGCUUUAUCAUCACUGAAGGUAUCUUUGAGGGUGAUGGAGCGUGUGUUGAUCUGGCCAGACUGAUUGCUUUGAAGCGCAAAUACAAAUUCCGAUUGAUCCUGGACGAGAGCAUCAGUUUUGGUACAGUGGGAGCGACCGGCAGAGGAAUGACGGAACUAUGCGAAGUGCCACCAAAAGAGGUAGACAUCUUGGUUGGAAAUAUGGCAAACACUUUAGGUGGAGCAGGUGGAUUCUGUGCAGGAACGGAAGAAGUUGUUUUCCAUCAACGUAUUAACGGUACUUCGUUCGUGUUCUCUGCCGCAUUGCCUGCCAUGUUGGCGGUUGCAAGUAGUACUGCGAUUCAAAGAUUGAUCGCACAACCAUCUCUGAUGACUACACUGAACGAGAAUAUUGCAGCCCUGAGAAAUGUGUUGGAUCAUGUCGAAAGCAUAUCCAUUCCCAGUCAUGCAAGAUCUCCUCUGAUUCAUAUUCAAAUCCGUAGCAAGUUCGAGCCUCAUCCGGAUACUCCAUUUGACAAGAUUGAUCGAUCCCAUCUGGCUCAGGCACAUGCUCUACCGCCUUCGUAUAACGGACACGAUUUAGAUCAAGCAGAACAAACUCGAUUAUUGCAAUCGAUUGUGGAUGAUUUGAUCGAACAUGGAAUCUUUUUGAUUCGUCAUAAAAGAUUGCCAAGUAUCAAUCCAAAAAUGCUUGAAACGGGUCCCGAAAGUAGACCAAGCAUUCGCAUUGCGGUCACAACUGCAUUCACCCGCAAAGAAAUGGAAAAAGCUGCAAAUGUGAUCAAGAGUAGCGUUGUACGUUUGAUCGGAAAGAGGCGGUAAUGCAAUUGUUAAGAUGUAAUUCCCUGUACUACAAUAUUAAUUCUAUCACUUUGUGUUCUUUG